ACAAGAACACAGUUGUUGAGCAGCUUCGAUAGACAGCGCAUCCAAGUUGCGGAAUAUGGUUGUCAUAAUGCACGUGAAUGAUGCUGGACAAGGUUGGACAUGGUUAUUGCUGGUCAUUUGCCUGACAACCACCGUGGGCACCACUGUGCCGGUGGGUUACUUUUUUGGUGUGCUCAAUGCACCCUCUGAGAUAAUCAAGAGCUGGUGCCACACAAUCUUGUGGAGUGAAUACGACACCAACACCAGCUGGAAUCAGGUGAAACUGUUGUGGACUUGCAUUGUGUCCAUCUAUCUGAUUGGCGGCAUCAUUGGCUCCUGCUUUAGCGCCUGGUGUACCAACAAAUAUGGACGCAAGGGUUGCCUCAUUAUUAGUAGCGUCAUGCUCCUGAUUUGUGGUUUACUCUUCACCUGGUGUCGUGCUGCUAAAUCCCUGGAGAUGCUUAUGUCGGCACGUUUCUUUGGGGGCAUUGCCUCCGCCUUCAUUGUGACCGCACAUCCCAUGUAUUUGCUGGAACUGGCACCUGUCUCGCUUAGUGGCAGCGUUGGCGUCUUCACCUGCAUUGGCAUCACAGGUGGCAUACUCCUCUCACAGAUUGUGAGCAUGCCACAGGUGUUGGGGAGUGAGGAGCAUUGGCCCUACGCCUUGAGCUUCUAUGCUCUGUUGGUGUUGAUCUGUCUGUUGCCUCUGUUGUCCUUCCCAGAGAGUCCUCGCUGGUUGUAUCUGGUGAAAGCCGAUGUGGAUAAGAGUGCGACGGCCUUGCAACGUUUGCGUGGCAAGCAAAGCAACGUGCAACAGGAACUCAGCGAUUUGGGAGCAACUUUACAGGGGAAAAGCAAGGCAAGCGGCAUGUGGCAAGUGCUGCGGGAUAAGGAACUGUUUCUGCCCCUGCUGCUGGUCUGUGCCUUCCAAGCCACACAACAGCUCAGUGGCGUAAAUGCGAUCUUCUUUUACUCGCUAACCAUUCUCACCGAGGCGGGCUUCACGUCCGCCGCUGCCACCUGGUUGAACAUGGCCAUUGGUGGCUUUAAUCUGCUUACCUCGCUGCUGGGUCCGCUCCUGCUGCGUAAAUUCGCCCGUCGUCCUUUAAUGAUUAACUCCUGUGGACUGUGUGCUCUCUCCCUGGCGGGCAUGUCCUUCUCCUUAUACUUUAUGCUCAUCACGCAGAGCACUGGAUUGAAAUAUGUCAGCAUCAUGUUCAUCUUGACAUUUAUACUGGGCUUCCAAAUUGGUCUUGGACCCAUUGCUUACUUCAUUGGCUCGGAGCUGCUGGAGGAUGCACCGCGUCCUGUGGCCAUGUCCAUGGGCAGCCUGUUCUCCUGGACCGGCAACUUCCUCAUUGGCAUGUGCUUUCCGUUGCUGCAGCAAGUGUGGAGCUCCUUUGCCUUCAUGCCCUGCAUGUGCGUCUGCAUCCUUUGCCUGAUCCUGACCUGGCGUUAUCUGCCGGAAACACGUGGACGUGAACCGAAGGAUGUUAAGCCGUUGAUGAGCCAAGGAUUCCGCUCGAAGAUCAAUUAAACGAACUACAUACAUUUUUAUGAUCAUACAAAAAUAAAACUGACUAUUAAAUACCCUGUAA